CUGACUAUCCUCAACCUGACUAUCAAAGGACUGUCGACUAGAAACUGUUACAAUGAGCUCCGAGUCGCAAUAUCUCGAAGAGAGGCUUUCAAGCUCUAUGGAACCGAGUUCGGGCACCAAAGACGACGUGACACGAAUACCUUCACAAGAUGCAUACUCAGACUACAUGAAUAUAGCCGGCGUCAAAAGAGCUGAUGGUGCACGAUUGGCCUCUAACAGUCCAUGAGAAGACCGCUUCAACCGUGUUCAACCAUUCUCCCCAUGGAACGAUGAGAAUUGGAUUGCGGCCACGGUCCUUGAUGGCCACAACGGAUGGCAGACAGCGGAUUUCCUUGAGAAGGAGCUCUUGACUCUGGUACAAAGUAAGCUGAGAGAAUUCCACCCAUAGUCGCGAAAUGAGGAUUCGAUUCAGCUUGUUAUUGAAAAGACUUUCAUAGACCUUGACGACUCUAUCAUCAAUAACUAUGUCAACAGCGCACACAACAAGGAUAUGGCUCUUGAGGAGAAGAUAAGAUAUAUGCAGAUCGCUAUGUCUUGGUCAUGCGCUCUGCUGAUACUGUACAAUGCUAUGACCAAUACCUUGUAUACAGCUUGUACUGGCGAUUCCAGAGGAGUACUCGGACAACAGAAUUCUGACGGUACUUGGGCGGUAGUAACUCUCUCCAAGGAUCAAACAGGCGAUAACGAAGAAGAGAUUGCAAGGCUUCAACAAGAACAUCCAAACGAAGAAGCUGCUAUAAAGAAUGGAAAAGUGUUGGGGAUGACAGUUUCGUGUGCUUUUGGCGACUUCCCAUGGAAAUCAUCAUAUGAUACACAGCUUGAACUUGGCAAAAGAUUUUUCACAAGGAGACCGAUGGAGAAGAGUGAGAAUCUCACGCCGCCGUAUCUUAUCGCCAAACCUGUUGUGACUGUGAGAAAGCUCGAGCUACAGUCCUUCCUAAUCUUGGCGACUGACGGUCUAUGGGAGGUGUGCACGAAUCGGGAGGUGGUGGACCUUGUGGUGAGGUGGUUAGAAGCUCAGCCGGAUAGUACGAAGGAGAUGAAAAUGACACCGAUGACUGUAUGGUGGAAGAGCGAGCCUCAGCAGGAAGCAAACUAUGCUCCUGAAUUUGAUUUUCUUCAGCGCUGGAACGAGUUCGAUGUAAGGUUUCGGGAAGAAAGGACAGUAAUUCAGGACCUCAACAAUGUCGCUGUGCAUUUACUGCGCAAUGCCUGUGGUGGCAAUCAUCGGGAGCUUCUAGCAGGGAAACUCGCCUUUCAGCCGCCGUAUUCGAGAGCUGUGAGGGACGACAUGACCAUCCAGGUUAUCUUUUUUAACAUGCCAGACUUGAGCAGAUAAGAUAUUGUAGUGGUAAGAAGGUGCAUUGGCUUAAAAGCGUGAAGAGCGACCGGAUCUCUGCAAAGAAGACAAAAAGCAAGGAAUGUUAGUUAGUAUACUUAGAUCCUUUUCUAUAAUGGAGAAUCCGAG